GACGGCGGCAGGUCGGUAUAUAAGCUGCCUGCAGCCGUCCAGUGGUCAUCCGAUCCCAAAGGUUCCACCAGAUCACAGCCAUGCAGAUGUUCGUUGCUCUCCUGCUGGUGGCGGCUGCCUCGGCGGCUCCUCAGUUCGACCCUCAGUUCACCAGUCCCAUCCAGCCCUUCCAGCCGGAAGUCCGCAUUCUCAGCCAGAAGUUUGAGCAGGAUCAGAUUGGAAACUACGAGUACGGAUACCAGCAGGACAACGGACAGCAGGUACAGGAAGUUGGCCGCGUCGCCCCGGGCUCCCAGCCAGAGACCGGAACCCUGGAGCAGCAGGGCAGCUUCGAGUUCGUCGGUGACGACGGCAACACCUACCGGGUGGACUACACCGCCAACGAGGGUGGCUUCCAGCCGCAGGCCCCUCACCUGCCAGUGGCGCCGGCUCAGAUUCCCGAGUACGCCCAGCUGAGGCAGGAGCACCCGGAGCUGUUCUGGGCUGAGAACCAAAGCCAGGGUACCAUCAUCAACGACCAGCAGUUCGUUCAGCAGCAGCAGUUCUUCUAGUCAGGAAUAUUUGUAUCUUAUGCUGAACCCUUUUCAUUCAUCAUCAUGCAACUUUGUCAUCAGGACGUCCCCAAAUGGUUAUACAUGUUCUAUCACCUGGUUAUUAUAUAGUUGACGUACGAUAUCAUGUUAUGUUGUCAGUUGUAAUAUACGUCUUACCACACAUA